GUGUUCAUCAGCGCCCGCUCGCUGUCAUUCGUCCAAGUCGAGCCAGCCGGUGCGAUCGUGGCGCGGGCGGAGUGGAGCAGCGAGAGCCGCAUGUAAAUGAACAGCUCCGCGUUUCGCUGUCACCUGAGGGUGAUCCGGAGGGGGGCAGAUUGACCGUCCCGUGACCCCGCGUCGGCCGGCCGACCGACCGCUGACGUGCUGCGUGGAGAUAGAAAAGGUAAAACGUCGCCACUUUGGAGGGAACGCCGCCCGCCGCUCCUCGACACAUCACGAGCGCCUCUCUGCCGCCUCCUGCUGACCAUGCAGAGUCUCUGCGCAGUGGUCAUGGCACUGGCCGCUGCCGCUCUCUGCUCGGCAGACUCCGACGGGCACCGACCGAGACAUGACUCCAACCUGGAGAUCUACAAGCGGCUGUUUGAGACCAAGAGGAAAGAUCAGCUGAACGCGCUCAAGAAUCUGGUGGAGCUGAACGACAUUAACCAGCAGUACAAGAUCAUAGACAUCAUGCUCAAAGGACUCUUCAAGGUGUUGGAGGACUCGAGACAAAUCCUGGUGGCGGCCAACAUGCACGCUGACGACCCCUUCCCCAUGGACGACAAGAUCAAAGAAGCUUACUCCCAUGUGGUCGAGAACACCGCGUUUUUCGGCGACGUGGCACUGCGUUUCCCCCGCAUUGUCCACCAUUACUACGACCGCAACGCCGACUGGAGUGGUCUGCUGCGCUGGGGGCUGAAUUUCUGCAACCUGACGGGGGUUUUUACCGGAGGAGCCCACCAACAUGUCCUCACGCUCAUGUCACAGGAGCUGGGAAUCACUGAGAAGUCCCCAGACUUCAUAAACCCAUACCGCACAGAGAGAGACGAUGUGCUUCACACAGCUGAGGCUUUUCAGAAGAUCCUGAGGGAGGAGGAGAAGAGAAGGCGGAAGGAGGAGAAGAGGAAAGAAAUCAGGAAAGGCCCUCGCAUCUCCCGCUCGCGCACCGAGCUAUAGCGCUGCACCUCAGUGCUUGUGCAGAGAAGCUGAGGAGGAGGACGAGGAAAGAGCAUACGCACAGUCCACAAGGGGUGGCUUGACUUGUCAACUCAGAUGACAGUGAAGGCAAUAAAACCUGCCAUCUCUUGUACAAAAGCCAGGUGCUCUGUUGAGAAGAAGACGAGAGGAGGAGCCCUCAUUGUGACGCGGCAAAGUAAAAUAGAAGUGGAUGUUAGUGUGACGAUGGUCUGAAUCGCCGUGCUCGCUCAGCGAUUUGUAAUUGGGGAAAUCCAAUGUCGUGUAAGAGAUCAAAAAAGUCUCUGGAACAGGAGUUAAAAAGGGAAACUCGCUUUUUGAUAACUUGAGGAUUACGUAAUUGUUCUUUGGAAUAUAAAUUAUUUCAAUAAAUUUGCUUCAGAACUUUGAAAACCCUAUUGUACUGUGUCUGCUCUAGAUUUAAUGUGUCUAAAGCCCAAAUGGUCACCAUUAAUACAUAUAUAUGGUCUCACCUCAUUAAAACGUGGCCUGUAUCUGGUUAGGUUCAGCUUGGUUCAAUUAGGGAAUAGAGUUUUAUUUGAUUGAGAUUCUGUAGAAAGAUUUCUCGGGGGAUGUUUGUGAAUGGGCAGAUUUAUGUUCUCAUUGCUGCUCCAAGUUGUAAUGAUGCCUCAUAUCUUGUUUGCUUGAAGGACAAAAUUACCAUUGGUUCAGUCAUUUUGAAUGAAAAUUAUUUUGCCAUACGAGUAGAUUGUCAAAGAUUUAGCUUUUCCCUUCUGUUUUUUUUGUUACAUAUUUGGCAAUCCUUUUGAUACCAUUUGUCAUUUUCUAUUUUUUGAUCACUUCUUUCUUUAUGAAAGACCUGUCAACCAAAAAACACAGUAUGUGACUCCUCGUCCUGCACCUGUUUCUUUGUCAUUUUCUUGAUCAUCAUCUUUAUUGUGUAAUAGUAUAACGACUGUUAUAAAAUGUAUAUGUAUAUUCAGAGAAAGAAUAUCAGUGCUGCAGACAGAACAAGCCAUUUUGCUAUCCGAUUUAAUGAAAUAAAGCGACUCAGAUGUGUUCAGUC